UAGCCAAUCCCUGUGCAUCUGUACCGGGACUUAGACUGAGGGGAAGAUAAGCAGUUUGUGUAGCAGCAGUAGACUUGGAAUAAGAUGGCAGAACCAGACACUUCAGUUCAAAGUUCUGAGGAUGUGUCCAGAAUGCUGAGAGACUUGGACAACGAUCUUGAGAACAUGUUGGAGAAGAUGGAGAAGUUAUCAGUUCGAACAACACAGAUGGCUUAUGACAUGGUUGUGCUACGCACCAAUCCUGCACUUGCACAGUCAAUGAAAAGACUGGAAGAUGCAUUCUUCAAAUGCAGAGAAGAGAUAGAGAAAAACUGGCAAGAAAUGGUGGUAGAAACCAAGCCAAAACCAGAACCAGAAGGAAACACAGACUGAGUUUCUGCCCUACUUUGCCUUGCUUGGCUGUAUCUGAGAAAAAAUACUUUACAAAAGUGUGUAGUUUAAAAAGCAAUGAUACCGUUGUUUUGUGUUUAUCUAAGAUUUACAAAAGUAUGCAUUUCUCAUAUAAAAUAUUCAAAAUAUCUGAGGAAUCGGGCUAAUAACUAUUCUAGGUUUUUACAUUUAGCUUAGA